AAAAAAAUCUUCAUCAUGGCCUAUAAAGCAGCACAUUUGGCCUUUAAGUCACGCUGGCACAAGACGGACGAAGAGCUCUGUCGGCACAGCAUGUCCUUUGUCUUGCACAAGGCGAUCCAAAACGAUUUCUUCAAGUGUUACCUUUAUCUGCUGGAAAAGCUUCCCCUGGUGAAACUUUACGCCCUGACAAGUCAAGUCAUCAAUGGGGAGAUGCAGUUCUACGCCAGGGCCAAACACUUCUACCGGGAGGUGCCCGCCACGGAAGAGGGAAUGAUGGGUGACUACAUCGAGCUCUCCAACACAGACGUUGAGUCCUCCCGGGAAUUCCUCAGGAAGUUUGUUGGGGGGGUGGGGAAAGCUGGCACCAGCCGUGCCCUGGACUGUGGCUCUGGGAUAGGUCGGAUCAGCAAGCAUGUCCUGCUGCCCGUUUUCAAGAGUGUGGAGCUGGUGGAUAUGAUGGAGAAUUUCCUGGCUGAGGUCCCAAAUUACCUGCAGGGCAAGGAGGACAGAGUAGAGAUGUAUUACUGCAAGAGCCUGCAGGAAUUCACACCAGCCCCACGAAGAUACGACGUCAUCUGGAUUCAGUGGGUUUCAGGAUAUCUGACAGACAAAGAUCUCCUGGAGUUUCUCAUCCGCUGCCAGGAUGGCUUGAAGGAUAACGGUGUGAUCAUCCUGAAGGACAAUGUGGCCAGGGAGGGCUGCACCCUGGAUUGCCUGGACAGCAGCGUGAUCCGAGACCUGAACAUCCUGCACAGCCUCAUCGAAAUGAGCGGACUCAGCAUCCUGCAGGAGGAGAGGCAGGAGGGCUUCCCUGAGCAGUGUGUCCCUGUCUGGAUGCUGGCCCUGCAGAAAGGCCCUGGCCACUCCUGA